AGGCAGCCAAUGGGUGCAUAUCUAAGUAAACCUGUAACGGAGAAAAUCUCCGAAUCUGGGAGUAAUUGUCGAACACGCUACGCAGCAACAUCGAUGCAAGGAUGGCGUGUUAAUCAGGAGGAUGCUCACAAUUGUAUCAUCGAUUUCGACGAAAAUUGCUCCUUUUUUGCAGUCUACGAUGGACAUGGAGGGAGCGAAGUAUCGGAAUAUACGGCGAAGCAUUUGCCAACUUUGCUGAGGGAGAGUCUUGCUUGGUCGUCGGGUGAUUAUGCCUCUGCAAUUGAGGAUACAUUUCUGGCGUUUGAUGAUAAAUUAAGAUCGGAAGCAGUACUGAAGGAAUUGAAAAAGAUGGCCGCGCGCCCGACAGCAAAGCGUGAGCGUGAAGAUCCCAGCGAUGAAGAGGAAGACAGAGAGGUGCUUUAUGAGGAAGCGAAGAUGCCCCUCGAAACUAUUCUGCAGAGAUAUGGGGUUGUUUUACGUCGAGAUCGAGCCGGUAAGCAGACGAUCAUCGACUUCAACGAUAUGCGCAAGCAAUUCGAGAAGCAGGACACAGAGACAGACAAACCUGAGGAGGACCAGGACAUUAAAGAGGAAGCCGAAAAUAAGUCAAAUGGGGUAAAAAAAGAAGCAAAUGUAGACGGCCACAACGGUGAUGCGAAGGAAGAUGUGGACGAGGAGAGCGAUGAAUGUAAAGAAAUGGAAGAAAAAGUGGUGGAAGAGAAAACCAAGAAACGAGUUUGCGACUCGUCACCACUCACGCUUAGCCCAAAACGAACGAAAUCCUCCGACAAUCCCGAAGAAACACCAGUGAAGAAUGUAGGAGAAUUAAAAGAUGAGGAAAUGCAGUUGUCCGAGGAAAAUCCACCGAUCGACAAACCGAAAACAGAAACGACAGAUGACAGAUCUGAAGCGGCUGAGGAUAAUGGAGCACCAGCUAGUGAGCCAGAAGUUGGAGGCCCUGUGGCGACCAAUGCUUCAACGGCUUCCAGUGAUGGCGCUGGUGGUGGUGAUUUCUGCGCGUGUUCCUCGGACAAUCGCCAGGGCCCCAUGACGCCAGAUGGCCAGAAUGCAUUUUCCUCGGAUUCGGAGCAGUCAGUGGAUGAGGACUACAAUGGGGAUGAGGAGAUGAGCGGGGGAGAGGAGGAGGAGGAUGAGGACGAAGAUAUUGGAGAAACUGAAGCGGAGCCAUGUUACGGUCCUCCAUCGGGCGAUACUCCAGGGGAGGAUUCGGGCACAACGGCAUUAGUUGGUUUGGCUAAUAAUGCUGCUUCGCUUAGUGGUGGUGGUCGGCCUACUGGCAAUCCUUAA